AUGCGGUUCAUCAUCUCUCUCGUCAUCCUCGCCACUUGCGCCAUGUGCGCUCCCGCGCCUAUUAACAGCGGCCGCGCAACAACAGUCUCCACCGUUGACGAAGACGCAAAAGUCAUUUACCCUGACUACCGCCGCGCAGAAACCGUAGACGAGGAUGCGAAAGUGAUCUAUCCUGAUUAUUGAAGGGAAUUUUUCAGGAAGCGUGAGCGCUAUGAAAUGGAAUAGUCAGGAUGCGUGUUUGGAUUUUGAUCGAUGUGGUGUUACAUAGCAACACAAAUCUUACUUUUAUUUGGCAACUCUCACCCUGGUUCAACUCUCCAGAUGUAUAGGUACAUACAUAUGUACUGUAUACGACGCUAUUCUUCGGGCUGUGUAACCGCCGUCAGCUGCUGGGCAGUGAAAUUUAAUUCGUUACCAUGGGCGCACAGCGUUGGUCCCCAGCACCCCCUGCGCCUCUUACGUAGUUCAAAUAAUAGAUACGCAAGAGCUCUCCGGCACUCCGUUGCCUAGCAGGAUUGUGAGACGCCUUCCAGUGUUGGUUAAAUCUAUCUUCGAUCCCAGAGGCGUCAUCACUCGAAACAGACUCAUUUCGGUCGAUUGUUCCACCUUCCUUUCAAACCGGUCUUCGGGCGGUGCCCGAGCGCAGAGACCAAAACGAAGCGACCAGCGGCCGAAGCCGUCGCUGACAUGUCGGUUCACAUAACGACCGCCG